UUGCGCGGUGGAGUUGAUUCGAAUGGGUGUAAGGGUCUGCAGUGGUUCGUAAACGACAGGAGGCGUCAGUUCGGUGGUUGCUGAACUGUUAUCGCCCAGCUUUUUAACAUGGCGAGCCUGCGAAACUCGUGUAAACCAAAGCGAGAAGUCAAGAACUUGGAAUCUCCUAAUACUGCUAACACCCGUCAUCAGGAAGAUAGUACCAGAGCGCCACCGGAGAUGUCAUCAACCCCACCAACAACAUCGACUUCCACGCCUGCUCCAGAUAUGAUUCAAACAAUGGUCGCAGCAUUCCGAAUAGCGUUAGUGACUGCUAAACUUGUACGCCCUCCAGUACCAAACCAAAAGUUAAAUUCCCUGCACCGGGAAAGUUUGUUCCGGGGGAAUCGUUCAAUUUGUAGGAAGAACAAUGUCGCCGCUACAUACAGUAGUUUGACGAAGAACAAAGAGCUAAACUAUAACACAGCUCGCAUAAUGGGUAUCCGGAAGACACGCACUACCGCAUACCACCCACAGGAAAAUGGUUUGGUUGAACGCAUGAAUCGGACACUUAAAUCUCUCUUGCAGGCAUUUGUAGACCAAAAUAACCUCAGGGAAUGGGACCGAUCACUCUCGCAGUGCUUGAUGGCGUACUGAGCGACCAUUCACAAAGUUACGCGUCAAACGCCUCAUUAUUUGGUCACUGGAAGAGAACUCCGGUUGCCAAUCGAUCUGACUUCAAACACACUAGGAGAGGACACACAGAUUGCAUCCGAACAGGCAAUCAGACUUAGACGAAACCUGAACAAGGCACACCAGAUGACUAGGGAUAUACUCCAAACAAACCAGAGGUACCAGAAAGAAUACCAUGAUAGGAAAGCACAUGGAUCACCUGUGGAGCCAGGAGACAAGGUGAUGCUACUCAAGGAAGCGUCACCUGAAGAGAAGGCUCUUAAAUUCCAUAAACGCUGGGAAGGACCAUUUACUGUACUUAGCGACUGCACCCGUAGGAUUCGGGAACCCAAUUCCUCUCAUAGUCUAGUCACACACUUCAACAGACUAAAACCUUUUCGGUAGCAGGCCAUAGUACAGCUAAGUCCUAGCACUGCGGGUAGUGCUACUAUGGGAGAGGGAGUAGUGCAAGGCAUGCUAAGUUCGGCGGUUUUCUAACGUUCAAACUAUGCUUGUCUACUUUCAGGUCGGCUACGAAUUGUGCAGGGAUUGGUUACCCAAGACGAGGCAACGGAUGACCAAUAGGAGUGCCCCUUCCCUCUCAUCUAAUUGUAUUGUGACUGGUUGUAAAUAUAAUCCUUGACUUUGAGUCUUCGUUCUUACUAGCAC